AUGGCUUCGGACUUCAGCCAAUUCCUCCAGCUGCUUAAUGAUUCCCAGUUAAUCUCUCAAAUCAAUGAGCUCACUCAGGCAGCUAAGCGGACUCAACUGACCGAGACCGAUCCCUUUGACGACGGCCUCGAUGAUGUGCUUCGAGGUCUAGUCGAUGACGGACCCGAAGCAGUAUCUACUCCUGUGGGUUCACCCCGCAAGGAGAUCGAAACCGCCGUGCCGCUGAAACUGCCGACUCCCUCACAUGAUGAUGAUGACGAGGAAGACGAGGUUGACUACGGUGAAGUUGGCGAUCUCCAUGAGUUUGGAGACUUUGGCGCCUAUUUUGAUAACAAGCGCCGCAAACAGGAGCUUCUGGACCAAGAAUACACUCGCUGGGAAAACAAGCGGAUAGCUGAAACUCUCGGCGGCCAGGAACAGUAUCCCCCAAUCUUCAAAGAUUGUCGAAUUCACGUGAAUGGGUUUACCGACCCGCCCAUUGCCGAGAUCCAUCGCCUAGUUGUUCUAUACGGUGGGAAGUUUAUUCUGUAUCUUACCAAUAAGAGUGCCGCUACUCAUAUCAUAUGCGACCGGUUAACUCCGCGUAAACGAAUCCAGUUUCGCAACUAUAAGGUUGUGAAGACGCAGUGGUUACUCGAUCUGAUCAAAAACAAGGAGUUGGCAAAUUGGCAGGAGUACCGGCUUAUUGAAGAAGUCGAAUACGGACAACAGCGCCUUCAAGUCGAUGUAUCACCACCCAAAAAGACUACAGCAGCGAGUGAUGCAUUAGUGGCAACCCACCCUGACUUUCUCCCCCAUUUCUUUGCCAAGCUGCGACUUCACCAUCUCAGUACAUGGAAGGCUGAUCUACGACUCAAAUUUCUUCGCCAAUGCAAACCAUUAAAUCGACCCAAAGGUCAAGUGCCACGGGUUAUUCUUCACAUCGAUUUUGACAGUUUUUUCGUUGCUGCUCUGGCAACAAAAUACCCUGAAUACGACAACCUAAAAGUACCUUUGGCCGUGAGUCACGGCACAGACACGCUGGACGUUGCCCUGUGCAAUUACGUGGCUCGACAAUUCGGCGUUCGAAAUGGGAUGUGGAUGCGUCUGGCUAAGGAGAAAUGUCCUGGUCUCAAAGUCAUUCUGUAUCAGUUUGAUACCUAUGAGAAAAUCAGUAAUGAGUUUUACGACUAUCUAAUUGGGCUCAACUUCGAUGUGGUAUACCCGGUGAGCAUCGAUGAAGUUCUUGUUGAUGCAAGUCACUACAUCCACAGCCAGCCAGGACCCAAGGAGGAAGAAAUCACUAAACUAGCUCAAAUGAUUCGCCAAAAUGUAUGGGACUUCAGUGGAUGCACAGUGCUGGUGGGUGCAAGCGACAACGUGCUCAUGGCUAAGCUUGCUCUUCGUAAGGCUAAGCCAGACGGCUACAAAGUAUUCAUUGAUUAUAGUCAAGCUGAGUUGGAAGCCUUCAUGAGCGACAUACCUGUUGAUUCUCUUCCUGGGAUUGGUCGCCACCUCAAAGUCCGCAUUGAGGGUUUAUGUCAGAAAUCCAACCCCAUGGUUCUGCCCGACUUGAGGCGGAUAAAUCAGGACCGGUUAGUCACUGAGUUUGGCGCUGUGUUGGGAAAACGAAUGUGGGAAUACGCACGCGGUAUCGACCCUAUUGAACUCGAAAUUCUGAGCGACUCCUUGGGACGCAAGCUGGUGUCAGUAGACGUCAACUACGGCAUUAGAUUCACCAAUUAUGAUGAGCUAGACGAUUUUCUCAUGCGAUUAGCGCAGGAGUUGGCGAAACGUCUCAAAAAUCUUGGAUUCAAAGGACUGAACAUCGGGCUUCGUCUUGCUCGUAGAGCUGAAGGAGCACCUAUACAGUCUGAGAAGUUUCUUGGUCUAGGUAUCGUUGAUUUUUUCCUGAAGAGCUCACGGCUUGGGGUGGCCACCUACGAUGAAGGGGUCAUGGGGCUGGAAAUGAAGGCUCUAUAUCGCAUGCUUAAUAUUCCAGUGGUGGACCUAAGAGGGGUGGCAGUGACAAUGACGCGGUUGGUCGAAGCCAAGUCUGAAAACCAAAAAAAGUUGGAUUUUACUGCAAAGCCGAAGACUUUGCCGACAAACCUUGGUAAAAUCCCCGAUUUAAAGCCAGCUAAUUCUCGCGCUCCUUUGGACACCACCGAGCAUAUUCCUCAAGCUGAGGAGAUUGAUUGGGACGUUUUUAAUGCUUUACCCGAUGCCAUACGAAAUGAGAUACUUGAUGAACUCACUCGAAGGGGCCUUAACAACAAACUAGCAUACACUUCACGCAAAAACCUGCGUAAGAACCUGCCCGCGAGUGGCGUAAAACGCUAUAAACAAAAGCUUAUUUCCCCAACAAAGAAUGCUAAGUAUGUUACUGUCGUUGAAGGCUCGCCAACUAAAAAGAAAAAGGUUCGGCCCUCAACACCGACGAAACCCCCGCCUCAACUCAUUCCACUAGAGGUACACUCUCUGAUUCUUGAUGAGCUUCCCACAACUAUCCGUGAGGAAGUUCUUCAAGAUAUGGAGUUUUUUGCUGAAGCCAAUAAACUGCCCACAAAAAAAAACUUUUUCAAAGUCACCGAUACUUGGCUCAUUGAUCGUGAUAAGCAGUUUGAAUCCCCCAAAUUCUACGGAGUCACUGCAGUCACUGAAUUACAGCCAUUGUUGAAACAAUGGGUGGAACUGAGUAUGGAGCAACACGGGCCUCACGAGGAUGACAUCGCCCGUUUCGACGACUAUCUUUCGUUGUUAGUCAAGUGUGGCUUCGUGCCCAAGGUGUCAUCUAUGGUAAGUUGUAUUUACAAGUGUCUCAUGAUGUGGGAGGUUAUGGGAUCUGGGGAAAGCGUUAGCGAUGCUCUCAAGGUAUGGAAUCAUCACUUGGUUAGAUGGAAGUCUCGAUUGACCACCAACCCAUAA